AUGAACGAGCGCGGAGACGGACAGGAUGGCAACCAUUCGUCUAGGCCAGACUCGCUACGUCGGAGCCGGCCCUCGACAAUCAAAUAUUACCUCGCCGUCCUUCAGAGGAUCAUGUACUCCAAGCACCCGAAGCCGGCGCCAGUACAGCCCCCAGCCAGCCCAGGCCUUGCUGCUCCGUCGGAACAUGGCAGGCAGUCGAUGCCUCCUACCCCUCCUCCGUCGCCCGUGAAUACAAUAUUCCAUCUCCAAUAUCAGGCUCCGCUCUCCUGUCCUGCUGACCGGCUUGUGCCUUCGUUCAUCAGACCUUGGCAUGGCUUUGAGAAUGGCCAGCAGGCAAGACUACAAUCCAUUCAUUCCCAUCUGCCGGACUCUGCCACAUUCUUACCAUCCCUUGACCAUCUUGCAGAACUUGAGUCUUUGAUGCUUUCUGAAUCCCAGAAUGCGGAUUUAGGCUCUAAGCUCGUGCAGAUAUUCUUUCAUUACGCGGUCGAGGUGCCUGUUGCCCAGAUCAUAAGUGUUUUAAACGCCUUGCCUACGGGUAGACCUUUACCUCUUAUGGGCGGUGUGUUCUCCCCCCCGCACCUUGACACCUUCUCAACCUCCAUCGCACCUCCCGCAAGAAACGCGGGAGAACAAGAGCAGCGCAUCAAUUGGUUGAUUCCGAGCCAGAGUUACGUCUGUCGGAGAGAGGAUAAUGACCUACAAACCAAGAUUCCCAUCUGCGUCAACCAGUAUCACUCGCCCGAUGACCUGAAUUUGUCCCACCUUCAGGCUGGCCUGGAUUCACUAAGCAGACUAAGUGAACCUCUCACAAACUCUCAUUUUGGAAGACUCAGGGAGGUUGGAGACAGCCCGAACUGGACUUUUGAAGAGAGGAAAGCCCUGUUGGCAGUAACCAAUGCCUAUACCGUCAUGGUCAAGUCUGGUCUCUCAUUUGGCCUUGUGGCCACUGGUGACGCUAUUCUUUUCCUCACCUUGGACCCAGAGAAUCCCGGCACCUUGUUCUUCAAGCUCAUGAACCCCACCGUGGAUGACAUCAAGAUAGAAGAUGGACGCAUCUACUCCAACAGCGCUGCUGCUGCCCAAUGUCUCUCUUUCUACUUCCUUGUGCUUUUGGAAGCAUCCCAAAACGGCAAAUAUGCACAGAUGCCCAAUACUCGGGGGUGUUACUGCAACAAUUCCUUUGAAAGGGUAAGCGAGUCCAUUCAGCGGCGUGGUUAUCCCGAGGCUAUCUCUAGUCCUCCACGCUUGACAGCGAACUGGCCUCCGCACCUGUGGCCUCCGGAGCCACCCCCGGUUCCGAUAUAUGCAAAGAGUCUACAGCUCCCCUUCGCCCUUGGACCCUCGCCCAACCCGUUCCCUGAGAUUGUAACCUCUCUCAAUUCUCACCAUUUGUCGCCUUCUACAAUUUUCUGGACCAGAAGUGUCCAACUCUUUAAACAGAACACUUCAUACUUCCCCAUGGCCAAUAGAAAUGUGACCACUGUUCAAGGGAUAGAGGCCUCGGGAGACUGGCCGGAUAUUCCUUUUGCCUCACAUCAGUCUGCCCUCCCCCCAAUUGACCUCUGUUCCGCUGGGGCCGAGGCCGAUUACUUCACCACACUUCCUCCAAUCGUCUCAAAUUUGAUGGGACAUGCGGCACAAAAGCUCCCAAUUCCACUUGGAGCGGUGCCAUGCUCCCAUCUCCCUACAUUACUGCCAAGACCAUCGCACAGCAGUCAGCCCCAAGCCGGUCAGAAUAUAGUCAACCCCGAUGAAGAAAUGACCAGGCGGUUGGCUGUAAGCAUUCAGCAUAGACAAGAGAUAUCCAAUAAGCCAACAGGGGGACUUCAACCGACAUCCGAAGAUCACCAACCCCGCCGGGAGGAUACUCUCGAUGGAUGGCGAGAUGGCUGCACCAAAACUCAGUCGGAUGAGGCAGUCGUGAAGUUGGGACAUGGAGAUGGUGGCGGGGAAGAGAAAUACAAUAGUACCGACCAUCAGAAACGCGAACCUGUGCCCGCUCAUGCCUUGCCGCAAUCGACGGACGGGUCUUCCACCAAGUCCUCACCUGAUGCCUCUUCUAACCCUUACUGCACUCACCUCUGCCUACUUGGGUUGAUUGCGGGUCAGGUUGCCGACCUCGACUGCCCCAAUGCUGGUCAUCAUCGCCGAGCCGAUGAAGAUCACAGUGACCUGAGGCACAAGAUCGGUUAUACUAAGUUUCUCGACCUCGUCACUGAAAAUUUCCACCAGGCGAACGAAAAGAACCACAACUUCAUUGAUGAAAAUGUCAUCAAGGUGACACUGAGCGAGUACAGCUACACUUUUGUGUGUAAGCGCUUUGAGCAGUACAACAAGUCAGCCUUGGAUCACGAGGUUGCCGUCUACGACAGACUUAGUUCCCUUCAGGGGAAGCACGUGCCUAUCCUCUUGGGCCAGAUUAGUCUGAGGCAACACAUCAGAGAAUACUGCGAGCCAAGAUUGGUUCACUAUACCCUGAUGUCAUCUGCGGGUGCACCCCUCGCGGGCAGCUCUCGGUUUGUUGUCAACCGAGAGGCGCUUGCAGGGGAAGCCGAGGAUGUCAUUCGCGCUUUCCACGACCGAGGUGUAUGUUAUACCGCCACCCUCCACAACACGUUCUUUGAUGAUUUUCAAAAGACAGUGACGGUCGCGGGCCUUGGCAGGGCAACUAUCUUCGAGGAUCCGCCGGAUAAGAGAAGUGCCGCUGGGAAGAAGCACGCACGGGAUGAUGCCACCGCUGCUCAACAGGGAAGACCUAACAAGAAACGGCGAACCGAGACAUACAGUGCAGUAUUCAUUCCAAUACCCAUGAGUCUCACCAGGAUGGCGGAGCUGUGGGCACAAAAUAAGGCAAUGCCCCUGCUGCAAAACCUUUACGAGGUUCGGAGCCUUUUUGGGAUCAGCAAUUAUAGAAAGAGAAAUUGA